AUGUCGCCAUCAUAUUCAGAUAUAGUGAAGAAGUUGGAGCAGAUUCUUAGUAAUGAACAAAUCUCAGAAAUCCUGAAUAGUGGGAAACGAAAUUCGAGUCCUCUGACAGAUCUAAAAGACAUUUUUCAUGGUCCCCACAAGGCUGAUAAUGUGGAUCAACUUGACGACCAACGUUACCGCGAAAUAUUCGAGACUCUGUUCAAGAAUCUGUUCAAGAUUGUCGUUGAGGAGAAACGAAAACAUCAUGUCUCUGCCAAAUUCAAAAAACAUUCGGCAUCCAAAAAACAGUCGGCCAAUAAGGUAGAGCUUUGUGACAAUGUCAUAUGUUUUAUCAUGCAGGCUGGGGUAUUAUACAAAUUGAAGAAGAAGACCAUAAACGCUAUAAUUGCUCACAUUAUUGAUACGAUUCUUACGUCGACUGGGGGCUACGAUCAUCCGAUAGCAGCUGACUAUCUCAAGGCACUGGGCCCUUUUCUCGAGCAACCAGCGAUUGCACAAGGUCUUCUAAAGGAUGUUCGGACUGAACUUAUCGAAUUUUCUCUCGGUGGUAUCGAAUUGUACCUGGGAGAUACUGACGGCGAUAUUUCAGAAUCUGGCUAUGGAUUUGACCAUCCAUCACUGCCUAAAUCUUCCUCCGGGAUGGGAAGUAUGCCAAAGAUAUCUAAUUCGGUAUCCAGGCAAAAUGUAGAAAUUUUCUGCCAAAUUAUCUUCUCACUUCUUUCUACUACCAACAAUCCUUCAUUCCCAGCUCUUGAACGAGUGGCCGCCAUAAUGAUGCGCUUGCUACAGUACCAGGAGAAUUUGAACGUAAGCAAGCUACAUCAGGUCGUAAGCAAGCUACAUCAGGUAACAUUCUCAGUUCUUAAUAUCGUUUUGUCAUUUUUCCGUGAAGAUCGUACAUCCCAUUCGUUUGCAAUUGGUCGAGAUUUGCUUCCUUUGAUAUGCCAGCUUUGGCCAGGUAGAGCAAACGACGAGAUGCUCAACUGUGUGCGAGAUGAAAUGUUGAUAAGUCUUUACCACAUUCAUCUACACCUGGAGAGCAACAUCAUGAGUGAUACGGAUGUCGAGCUGCACAGCAAUUUGAACGAUUUACUUGACGCCUUAAAAUCAGAUUAUUCUAGACGCGCAGACCGUGAUCAGCUCCAAUUAGACGAUUUGGAAAUCUUAGAUUUGAGUUCCAGACAGGUGGGCUGCGAUCCUUUUCGUCUACAUUGUUUCCGACUAAGAUCUCACCACAAUCGCAUGGCUGAACGCACUCGCAUGGCUGAACGUAACUGGGCAAAUCUACUCUCCAUGGCCAUCCUAGAACGAUUAGUGAGACUCAAAGAGCACAUUCAUCAAGUGAAACCUAAACUGGGAGACGAGUCGGAUAUUUACCCACGAAAGCGUCAACGCAUUUCUCAGUCAUCUGAAAGGUUACUCGAUCCUCUUAAGUCUGACGAUCAGAAGAUACGGUUGGCCGGUUUGCAACUAAUACCAUUCUUACUGCAAGAUUGUAAACUCUCAACUUCUUCUCUGAAGGAGUUGCUGGAUCAUUUGGGGAAGUGUGCAUUAGACAAGCGUAGUAGUAACAUUGCGUCAUGGGCUCUACUUGGUAUAGCAAGCUGUACAUAUCAGGCAUGUGCUGCAGAGGAAUCCUUAAUAGAUUGGAAACAGCUCUGGCAUAGCGGAGCUAAAGCGCUCACUUUUGCGGGGACUUGUCGCGCCGCUGCUCUAGCGCUCCAUGCAAUUCACGCCAAACAUCUGAUAGAUUAUCGUGAUAUCGAAGACAGUGUGAGCGCAAUCAUCACCGCAGCUGACAUCAGUGGCCCGCCAGUCCUCUGCGACUCGUCGAUCUUCCUGGUCAACCACUUAUUACAGGUUACCGUUAGUGAAGCUCCUGGAGCGAGCCUGGCAGCGUGCCAGCACGUGAUUCGUUGGGUUUUUGGAAGAUGGAAUCCAGCUGAUAGAUUAUUCAAUGCUCGAUACGGAAAUCACUUACGCCCUUCUUACUUCGUUGCAUUGUUGCGGACGAGCCUUGGCCUACCAAGAUUGCCUGUAUACUCAAAUAGUCGUCAUAUAGGAGGAGGUGUGCUGUCUCAGGCAUGGCAACAAUACUUGGACGUUGAAAAAGUUCUUCGUUAUCUCCUGCUACUUGACGGCGGUGCACCCGUCGAAGCAGAUUUCGUGUGCCGAUCCUGUCCGAAGUCUACUGCUGAUUAUGAUGUGAUUUUCCAAUUAGAUAGUGCUCACUUCAACUCUACCCGAAAACUGAUACUCGAAUUUCUGAUGUCCAAAUGUAGCGAGCUUCUACAGAUUUGGAGAAGCUUUAAUACGGAGCGUUCUCCGCAGGUUUCCACUGAUAUGUAUCGAGGCUCACUGAAUACAUGUAUCACUGGUCUCCUCCUACUACCUAAUUUUGCCAAUGCCAAUUUAGAGCAGUUAUAUCUUUUAGGGGAAGACCUCCGAUGCUUGGGUGAUGAGUUGCUCGAAUUUUUGAGAAGAUCCGAUGCCAAGGAUUUUCAGGCCACCCAAGAGUUCAUCGACACUCUUCUGCAAACAAUCCAACCUCAUCUCCCCCCUUGCGACUUCACUCAAUUUAGGCACGUCGCGGAGCAGAAUUCUCAGUUGUUGCAAUUCUUAAGUCUUGUCGCGGGAGAGAUCAAGCGUCGCCGCCUAGCGCCAGAGUCAAUCUCGGCACUUUAUGAUGAUCCUAUGGAUAUUGAUGAUGAAUUUUCCACCCAUAGGAGUCAAUUGGCAAUAGAAGCGCAAAAGUCGAACAUCCCCAGGCGAGCCAUGGCACUGGAGAUGAGUUAUUCAUCUUUUUAUCUAGAUACAAUAGGCCGACUCAUGCUAGCCGCUGAUAUGCACGAGUGCCCUGAACGUUGCACGGUGCCAACUUCGUUCAUCGAUGAGCUAGUCUCUAUGAAGCAUGAGGAGAUACUCUCGUGCCGUCCACUCAUGCGCAACGUGCUUCAAUCUGAUCUCUUUCUUGACGAAGCAGAUGCCUAUCGCCUUCUCCAGCGUGUGGGGCUUAUUCUGUCAUCAGCCGAUUUCAUGUCCAGCGAAAUUGCCAUGUGUGCAUGCUUGGACGUAUUGACAGGACUGUUACCUAUCUGGUCAGUGGAAAUGCAGAACCCGUUCGGAAAUCACGCCAAGCAACUUUAUGAUUGGUUUAUUUCACGAAUCCAAAAAGGCACCGCUUCUACAGUUGUGCAGCUAGAGAUUGUCAAUUUGCUACGAAAACUUUUGCGAGCGAACCAGAAUUAUGGAAAUUCACCUUCUCGGUCAUCACCGCGUACAAGCCUGUUGGAGCUUCUCGGAAAGGGUAAUGCUCCUACCAAGUUCUUCAUUGGUGAUCAGCUCUCGGAAAUAUUUGAGCUCUCCACAUUGAAAGAGCAUGAUGAUAUAUUUGUGGAUGUGCUUGGGCUUCUACCUUCUGACCCAGAAUUCUUGGAAGGAAUCGCGUUUCGACUUUAUGUCCUAGCAAAACUAGCUUCCCGUUGGUCAACUCUUCUGCGAAGAUGUAUCUAUCAUAUUUUUGAAACACCGGGUAGGAUUUCGGGUUCUGUUCGGCAUGCAACUCGGUGCUUAUCCAAUGUUACUUCUGCACUCGCAGUACAAAGUCCUCGAGAAUUGUUUGCAUUGUUUGCGCCUCAGAUUCUCUACACGUGGUUUGAAACAGAGACGAUUGACGAUAUACCAUAUCAAAUUUUUGGCUUCGCUGCUCUCAGCGACUUAUUAGUAUUCGCCGAGGAAGAGGCGUCCGCCCUUAUGAUGAUGCGAGGUCAUGAUACCCAGCUGGACCACCUCGCUGAGCUGCUAAAAGUUCCCACAGUCCAACUACUCCAGAGAUGCUUCGCGAAAGUUAUGGCAUACUGUAUUGCCAACGAUAUAAGCAUACCGCCUUCUUCGAGUGACAAGAAACACAUAAGUGGUGAGACUCGACUGAAAAAGCGCCUCGGUCAAAAACUGUUCUUGGAAUGUGUCAAUCUGCAUUUUACAGACAUAUUAGCUACCCUGUUCAACAUCAUAGACCAGGAGCAGCAUGUCGAAAGAUCAUUUGCUAAGGAUGAGAGCUUAGUACACGCCGCGAACAUCAUGGGGAAAAUCAAAAAUCUGAGCUCGUCCGAGAUUACUUUGCCUGCAAAUCAGCAACCUGCAUUCAAAGCAAAAUACCUCUCACAUGAAAUCAAGUAUUUGUGCGCAAGGACAGUACAUGAGGCAGGUAGUUUAUACACUCCAAGCUUAGUAGCCUUCAUCGCCAGAAAGUUACUUAAGACUAUCCACCCUGCACUUGGAUCGCUGCAUGCUUGCUCUGUGUUGCGGAAGCUUCGUGUUCUGAUCUCGCUUGCUGGAAACUCUGUAACUCGGGGUUAUCCUCUAGAAAUGCUUCUUCGAUCUGUAAGGCCUUUUAUCAAGGACCCCGAAUGCGCAGAUGAUGCUAUCGGUAUCUCGCAAUAUUUGUUAGGUCAGGGCUCAGAAUAUCUAAAAUUAUCCCCAUCUUUUGUUGCAAGUAUUACUCUUUCGAUACUAGGGUCUUUGCGUGUAUUCAUGCAAGAGAGCAGAUCUAGCACAACCCAGGAGAGUCAACACCAAGCUACAAUGUCUAAGGCUCAGAAGUUUCAUCUCUGGGUUGGAGAAUAUGCUUCUCAGUAUGAAUCUCCUGUUUUAGUAGGAUCUUUGAGUUCAAGUUUCAAAUCUCUCGUGGCCUCUGCUCGGGAGGUUCGAACAAUCGGGAAUGCUGAAAGAGGGACAACUGAAAGCACACUACUGGACCAGCUACUGGAGGAUGAAAAGAACGGGGGCUCUUUACUAACCCUACCUGCUCGAAAGCUCGCACUCAGCAUGCUGUGCUCGGAAUUCAAAUGUCCCACCUCCUUCAGGACCGAUAUAUAUGGUGAAGAUGCAGCUGCCGAAGCAAGGGCUGCUGUCGUAUGGAAAUCCUGCAGAAGAAAUUCUUCGAAUAAACAAUAUAUGUCUUGGGCCGCGCGGGUACUCGGAAGAGCCUUCGCAGCUACUGGCCAUGUGCACCACGAGCUUCUGCAAGAAUCCACAUUGUCGAACAUGAAGGAAUUGAAGACAUCAUACAAAGGGAACCUUCCAUCAAGGGCAUGUAUAUUGAGUCUUCUGCAAUCAUUAAUCUUAGGGGAUGAUCUUUCAGCAGCGGGGACUGCCGAAACGGCUUUACGUAUCAUUGUCACAACUUCGGACGGGCAGGUUUUGGAAAUGAGUCGUCAAAGUCUAUCACCACCAGUGUUCGAGGCGUCAGUGUGGAAUCCUUAUCCUGUUCCGCCAUGUGAGAUCGCAAAACCUGCAGAUGUAGAUAGCUUAAGGAAUCAUCUCGAUGCAGAUUCCAUACUUUCUCUUAAUUGGCUAUGUGAUCUCUCCAUUGCAUUGGUUAGAGCUGUCCCUCAAGACCCUAUACUGUGCGCCUUAGCACCAGUUCUUAGGGAUGUACCGGACUUUGCCGAUCAAGCGUUCCCGUUCAUUCUUCACCUUGUGCUCUCCACGGAUUUUCCGGCACAGAAGAACAAUCGUAACCAAAUCUCUAGUGCAUUUGCGGUGUGGUUUUCCAAGAGUCAAUCCGUCGAAAAGAAUAGCCUGAAAACUCUUAUCAACUCGAUUCUAUAUUUACGCACUCAACCUCUACCCCACGAGAAGUCUUCGGCGGAUCGUUUGCAUUGGUUAGAUCUCGACUACAUCAAAGUCGCUACAGCCGCCAUACAUUGCGGAAUGUUUAAAACGGCUCUAAUAUUUGUCGAAGAACACCAAUCGAUCCCAGUCAAAUCAUCUCGACGUUCUUCAAUGGUGAAAGACGGCGGUGAGGCUCCCGAGAUACCCACAGAUUUGCUUCUCGCAAUUUUUGAGAACAUUGAUGACCCGGAUCUAUAUUAUGGAGUGCAACAGACAGCCAGCUUAAGCACGAUAUUAGCAAGACUGGAGUAUGAGAGAGAUGGGCCUAAACACCUUGCUUUCAGGGGUGCACAAUACGAUAACCACGUUAAGUGGCAGGACCCUCGAGCCGCUCAGGACGCACAGUCUCUUGUCAAGGCACUAGACAUGCUCAGCUUGAGUGGUCUUUCUCACUCUCUAUUGCAAACACAGCAGAACUAUGGAAUAGCUGGCCAAUCAUUGGAUUCUAUGUUUCGUACCGCCCGUAAACUGGAGCAAUGGGACAUUCCAGUCCCUACCAGCGAUAAUCACUCGGUGACGAUAUACAAAGCUUUCCAAGCAGCUCAUGUUGCUACGAAUCGUGGAACAUUCAUGAACGCAAUCAAUGAAGGACUUGAGGGUACAAUGGAACGCCUCGUGCGAGAUGACCUUAGCGCCAGUGCCCUUCACGAAUCACUUAGAACUUUGGCGGCCCUUUCCGAGAUGGACGAAGUGCUUAGCUCACAAGGGUCCCAAGAGUUUGAAGAUAUUUUGUCAAGAUUUCAGAAACGAUCCGAAUGGAUGAAGACGGGGAGGUUUGACGAUAUAAGCCAGCUGAUUUCUUGUAGGGGAACAACUUUAAGUACUCUGAGCCAGCAACCACGCCUUCGAGACAUACUCAAUCUUUCUUCUCAAGAUACGAGACUAGUAGAGGUACAUGCUGCACUUAUGGCUUCAUCCCUCAAUCGUGCUCACGGAGCUCUACAAGAAUCUCUAUCUCUUGCAACUUCGUUGAUUGAUCUUAUCAAACCAUGCCAGUCCCUUGACUUGUACAUUGAAGCUGCAGUUCAUAUGGAAACCGCGGACGCGUUGUGGGAGCAAGGUGAAAUGACAUCUUCGAUAGGCAUGUUACGGGCUUUGGAUAAUGCAUCCUUUUUGAAAACGCAGACAAUACCUGUUGGUCGUCCUGAUCUUCUAUCGAAGAUUGGUCACCAAAUCUCUGAAGCCAGACUCGAAAAGCCCGAUCGGAUAAUUGAGAAGUAUCUCAAACCAGCCCUCAAAGACUUAAAAACUUCCGAUGGCAAUGAAGCUGCGAAGGUCUUCCAUCAAUUCGCCGUAUUUUGUGAUCAACAAUUACAGGAUCCUGACAGCUUGGAAGAUUUGGAGCGAAUGAAAAAGUUGAGCGAGAUGAGAUCCGGUGAUGUCACCGACUACGAAGAACUUUUGAGAAAGUCAACCUCUUCAGCAGAGAGAGCAAAACAUACCGGUUAUCUGAAAAAGGCCAAGACAUGGCUUGGACUAGACGAGCGUGAGUAUCGCCGCCAUUGCUCCAGCAGGGAUGAGUUUUUGCGCCAAUGCUUGGAAAAUUACCUUCUCGCUUUGGGUGCCUCGGAUAAUCAUGAUAGUAACGCGCUUCGUUUUACGGCACUUUGGCUUGAGCAUUCUGUGGAGAAUUUCGCCAAUGAAGCUGUCGCCAAAGUUGUGCUUAAAGUGCCUAGUCGCAAAUUCGCCACGCUGAUGAACCAGCUCAGUUCUCGUUUACUUGAUAACGAUUCGAAAUUCCAGCAGCUUCUCUUCAAUUUGGUUCUACGUAUCUGCACGGAUCAUCCGUAUCAUGGGAUGUAUCAGAUAUAUGCCGGGUCUCACAGUCGGCCAAAUGUCAAAGAUGAAAUAGCUGUUUCAAGAAAUAAAGCCACCCUCAAGGUUUCAGAGCAACUCAGGAGAGCCGAGAACUCACAGGUAAUUUGGGCUGCGUUGGGUGCCGUCAUACAGCCAUAUACUCAGCUCGCAGGCGAGAAAGAUGAUCAGAAGUACAAAACUGGUAAGAAACUUUCAAUUGUUAAAGAUUCACCUGCGGGUGCAAAGCUCAACAAAGCGGUGGGGAAGCACUCAAUACCGCCUCCGACAAUGCAAAUAGAUCUUCGUGCAGAUAAGAAUUAUUCGAAGGUACCAAAAAUGGUCAGAUUUGAGUCACAGAUGAGUAUAGCAUCUGGAGUAAGUGCACCAAAGAUCAUCACUGCUGUGGCGGACAACGGGGCGCGAUUUAAACAACUGGUAAAAGGCGGUAAUGAUGAUCUGCGCCAAGACGCCAUCAUGGAACAGGUAUUCGCUCAGGUCAGCGAACUCUUAAAAACGAACAGAGCUACUCGGCAAAGAAACCUCAGCAUCAGAACCUACAAGGUUCUACCAUUAACCUCUAUAGCUGGUGUUAUCGAAUUCGUGCCAAGCACAAUCCCCUUGCAUGAGUAUCUCAUGCCAGCACAUGAGCGCUUCUAUCCAAAAGACCUGAAAGGAAAUCAAUGUCGUAAAGAGAUUGGGGAUGUUCAAGGUCAGCCAACGGAAGCACGAGUCAAGAAAUUCAGAUCGGUCACCGAGCGUUUCCAUCCCGUGAUGCAUUACUUCUUCACAGAGCACUUCAACGAUCCCGAUGAAUGGUUCACCAAACGUCUAGCAUACACUCGCAGCACAGCUGCUAUAUCGAUUCUAGGCCACAUUCUCGGAUUAGGGGAUAGACAUGGACACAACAUUCUCCUCGAUUUCGAGAGCGGUGAAGUAGUACAUAUUGAUCUUGGUGUGGCUUUUGAAAUGGGUCGGGUUCUUCCAGUCCCCGAAUUAGUACCUUUCCGUCUCACUCGCGAUAUCGUCGACGGAAUGGGCAUUACUAAAACCGAAGGUGUAUUUCGACGAUGCUGCGAGUUCACUCUGUCUGCUUUACGUAAGGAAGUCUAUAGUAUUAUGACGAUUCUUGACGUUCUACGAUAUGAUCCGUUGUACAGUUGGUCCAUAUCACCGGUGCGGCUUGCAAAAUUGCAGACAGCGCAGAGUGUAGCGCCGGAACCUGGAAUGGUACACGAGAGAGAUGCUGGGAAACAAGCAGUCAAUCAGCCAAGUGAAGCCGAUAAAGCGUUGACGGUGGUUAACAAGAAGUUAUCAAAGACUUUGAGUGUGGAAGCUACUGUUAAUGAUUUGAUCAAUCAAGCGGGUGAUGAGAGGAAUUUAGCGGUUUUGUAUUCAGGUUGGGCUGCAUAUGCGUAG